AUGAAUUAUGGCCAGAGAUGGGCCAGUGAUGAGAUUCCUGAGAGAAAGGCAACAGCUAUGGACCACUCACGACUAGGGGAACUUGAAUCUCCAUCAACCAGCACUAUAGACGUCCCAGGUCGCAAGGAAAAAGAAACAAAUCACUUGAUCACUAAAGUUCAGUCUGUAUCGCGCAACGGCCUACAUGGUGCCGUUGCUAGUUCAUUCAAUCAAGCUUGGCAUAGAACCGAACUUGAUCCCUCGGGCAGCGUAGCUCUGGCUUACUCGCAGCAUCGAGCCGAGCAGAUACUCGUCACUCCUACUGUGACCAUUGCUUGA